CUCAAUUUUUCUCAACGAGUCUCUAGUGAUUUGCACAAGAAAAAUUAAAAAAUAAUGAAGUGAGGGGGCCAACUUCGCGCUAAAAAUUGAAAUUGCAUUUACGGAGAAAGUAGGAACUCUCAAACGAUUUUUAAAUAAUUUGUAUAAAAAGUGAAGAAGAAAAAGGUGGUAAGGGGGGCAAACUCACAGAGGUCAAACUUCGCUCCAUGUAGGUUCCAUUCGGUUUUCGAACUCGAGUUAGAGAGAAUUCAAUUCGAGUAUAUUCGAGUUACGCCCAACUCAAGUUGACUCGAGUUACAUCACUAGUUGACAAUUUGACAGGCUUACAUCGACAUCGAUCGAUUUAUUCGUCCCUCAAUUUGCCAUUUUCAUAUAAGCUUUGCCUGAAUUUUAUCAGCGGGUAGACAGAUAAAUAUCUUUACGAUGACGAAAAUAGAUUAUACUGGUUUGGCUGAAGAGGCUGACAAGGAUUACGAUGAGGGCGUCGAUGGAAUCAUUGAUCCUUAUUCAGAAGAUAACCAUGAUUUUGCGAAAUUGCUGCUAGAGAUGUGUAAAGUUUUUGACGAUGGCAGCACUGAGAUGGGACUUGAGUUUAUGAAGUUACUAAAACAAUUCAGCAGCAGCAAUUCUUUGAUAAUGGAAUCUGGUAAUGGGGCAACAAAACUGGCUGAACAAGAGGGUGAUAAUGAACUCAAAUGUGAACAUAUUGUAAAGAGUAUGGACUAAAUAACAUUGGAAUUGCCACUGUAAUGCAGAUGUUCAUAUUUGCAAACAUCAUCAAGUAGUUAUUUUAUUUUAUUUUAACCUGUACCAAAAAGAUCUCCAAUGCUUGUGAUAAUUUAUUUGCAAAAUAUAUUUAGUGAAAACAAUAUGUUUCUUUUAAUACAAUAAAAAUAUAUUAAACUGCA